CAAUUAAUUUUCACGUUGCAGGAGUUUCUGUUGGCCAUCGAUGUAACGUCUAGCGGUACGCCGGAGGAAAAGCUGAAGUGGGCCUUCCGUAUGUAUGACGUUGAUGGGAACGGCGUCAUUGAUAUUCAAGAAAUGACUAAGAUCGUUCAGGCGAUAUACGACAUGCUCGGCGCGUGCUCGAGCAACCGGCCGGCGGACAGCGCGGAAGAGAGAGCGAAGAACAUAUUUGCAAGAAUGGACGAGAAUAAUGACGGUCAACUAACCGAGGAGGAGUUUUUGAAAGGUUGCCUUCAGGACGAGGAGCUUUCAAAAAUGCUGGCCCCUUAAUUCCCGUGUCCGGGAUGACCGACUAUCGUUAACAAUACGCUAUAUCGUCGAGAAACAUUCGUAGAGAGAGAAAAAAGAAAAAAAAGCAGAGAAAGAAAGAAAGAAAUAAAUACCAACCGACCGAGCAACACACCCGAUGAAAGCAAUUCAUCUCGGUGUUGUACAUCUUUGUCUUUCAUACGAGUCGUGGAGUUUGUUGUUGUCUAGAGUUGUACGUACACGCGCCAGGUGCGCGUAUCAUCGUGCGCGUGCAUGCAUAAUAUAUAUAAAUAUAUAAAUAUAUAUAUUUAUAUAUUAUAUACACACGCACAGAUACACACGGACACGUUUAACGAUUCACGACGAUAAAGAUCUGUUCACGGUGACAUCCUCCGGGGGUAAAAUUGGCAAGAACGCAGACAAUCGCCGAGAAAGGAGAGCGCACGUUCUGAUUUCGUGUCUGGACUCGCGUUACCGUGAAUUUCGAGUAAUCUCCCGAGAAGAGAAACUCGCCGACGGGGAUUACGUUUUCCCCGGGGUGAUCCGUAAUCGGAUUUAAGUGCCGCGGACCGCGGCAAGAACACAACAGAGGCGCCCCCUCCCCCUCCCCCUCCACGAGUUUGAAUUUACGCGCGAAGGAACUAACGUACUUACCUUGGAAAGUAUCCAGGACGACGAGUAAUGCAAAUUCACGUACAUUCUGUUCACGACAGAAAGAAAAAGAAAGAAAGAAAGAAAAACUGCGAAGAGGACAACAUUAAUCAGAGUUGCAGGGUCUUUCAUUGUCUUAUGAGACGUGAUCGCAGAGAAAGGGGAGAUCUCUUUUCGCGAGAUUGCGUUCGAGCUUGACGCGAAACAGGCGCACAAAUUUAGGAUCGACGGUUCCGAGGUUGAACGUCGAUUUACGAACGUGGACGUAACUUUUUGACGAUUCGGGGUCAUCUUUGAACGCACGAAGCCCCCCCUCCCCCUCUCAGACGUUCAAGUUUUCGAACAACGACGACAAAGCGCUCCAGGACGUUUUCGCGAGUGAUGGUAGCACAACGAAUUGCAAGGGAGAGUACCGGGAAAUUAUCCGUGGCGGGUUAUCUUCAAAUUCGGGGAGUUCGCAGUUUUAUGUUGCGCGGUUACACUUCGAGAAAAAAGGAAAAAAAGUUUUUCACGUUUUUUUUCCCCACAUGUUCUCCGAAUAGUUGUGCGUCGAUAGUUCGUCGAUUAAACGUGUUCAUUGAAACACGUCCGCUCGAUUUCAUCCGUACCAGAGUGUCUGGCAAUAGGGAGAACACUCUUUCAGAAACGAUCGUGCAUUACGAAACACUACGAAGCGUUUUAUUCGACAGGAUCAUCCAAACCUCGAGCGUUUUUUUCUUUUCCAUCGAAAUGAAAGAAAGAAAUGUUUUUCUCUCUCUCUCUUUAUGACGCGAUAUCAUCCUUGUUACCAAACACACUCUGCAUUUCGAAUGAUUUUUUUCACUGGUAUAUAUAUAUAUAUAUAUAUAUUGUACCAGCCUAAAUGCUACGUGUUAGGUAUAUUUUCGAUUCAUUCGUAGCGAUUAUGUAGAGUGCAGAUUGUUAAUUGGACAAUACGGAACGUAAACAGAAGCGAGUUUAUUUGGCGAGAAAGUAAACGUCGAGACGAAGAAAUUACUUUCGAAAUACAUUCGGGAUUGAAUAUACGAAGAGUUUAGCAAUGUAUUGACAUGAGUCUGCAAAGAGCACUUGAUGUUACUGUGUUGAUACGCUCCUUAAAAUUAUGUUAGCAAACGGAGUACAUUGACAAAAUCCAUAGUUUAACAGAGAGAGAGAAAGAGAGAGAGAGAUUAAGGAAACCCCCGUGUUAAAGGAAUAAAAAGAGAACGUCUAAAUUUACUCGCGUAAUAACUUCAGAUCAGAGCGACACGUCUAAUAAAUACAUUAAUCGGUUGAUCA